UCAAACUCAACAUUGGUCCCAAAACCUCAUCUCUCUCUCUAUCUGUUCUAAGAGUAUCACUCUAUCUCUACCUCUUUCUUACAGAAGAGAAGUGAUUGGCGCUGAAGCAGUAGCAGAACUUGUGUGUGGAUCGAAGAUGGCGAGCUUGAGAACGUUGUGGAGGAAGAUGAAGAAGGAGAAGAAGAGGUUGUUCUGGAGUUCAUCGCCUGCAAUUCACCUCGUACAGUACGACAUUGAUUCAUACUCUCAGAACUUCGACGAUGGUUAUUCCUCCGACCCAGACAAUGCUUGUCGAUCUUUCUCUGUUCGUUUUGCCAUUCUUAGUUCCAAGGUUUCCUUUGACAAGGGUUGUGAAGUGACUAGUGAUGAUGAUAACACCAGCGAAAUGAGUUCUUGACCAGAAAUUGUACAAUAUCCAAGAUUGUGUAUGUAGGUGUAGAUUACCUGUAAAUUCAUAUGUUUGUGUGUGUGUAUAAUUGUAAAUUUGCAAUGUGAUCCUGUUGAUUCUCAAGUUGUA